CAUAAUUUGACCUACUUAACUGUUGUGUUUUUUUUUCUUCCUCUACAAACGUCCAUACCUUACUGUUUCAAAAAUGUUAAGUAUUUCGUGCAAUUUUCAGCUUUGUAGCCGAAUGAAAAUGAAUAUAACAAUACAACAGUGAUUUAUACAGCUUUCCCAGAAACAAAAGAGCAAACUACACAAUGAUAAACUUUCAUAAAUUAAAAAAAAAUGCGCUGUAUAAAAUUGAAGAAAAUCAAGUCAGUUAUGCCAAUGUUGGAAUAAUUUUUGUUAUUAAAAACUAUUUUAAAAAAAGUAUCUGUUAAAAUAUGGCCGAACUCAGGGGACCUCACCCACAGUGCUCGUCCGACUCUGAUGUACGACAAGAGUUACCCAACGGCCAUAACCACAACACCGAGUGCGCAUGCGACGAGUUUUAUGACCUUAUCGAUGAUCGCGAGGCCGCGAGAGAAGCGUUCAAUGUCAACAAUAUCUACAGCUUUAUACAGGAUAAAAAACAGGGGGCGCCACCACAGCAGGGCGGGAGAGAUGCCGGAAGUGAUGGGAGUAAACAAACAACUCAAAACGAGGCAGGGAAUAGUAAAGAUAAUUCAAUGUUAGAUGACGAUUAUUUGCACGACAUUGGGAAAAUUCUUUAUCUUUCUUUUUUUAAACGCUUUGAAGACCACGACACAGGAGACGCUUCUGGUACUGCAGGCAGCAAUCAAGAAAAGAAAACCGGAAAUCAAAUUGUAGAAGCGGAUGUGGAUUCUUUGAAUCCGUCUAUAAAACACAAAGUGGUGGAUGUGGAUAAAUGUAUUGCCGCAAAGGCCGCCCGGAAAGAUCUGAUUGGUCAAGACGAUACGGACAUUGAUUCGUUGCGUCCUUCUAUUGGCCACAAAGUUGUUGACGUCGACAAAUGCAUUGCCGCAAAGGCCGCCGGGAAAGAACUCAUUGGUCAAGACGAUACGGACAUUGAUUCGUUGCGUCCUUCUAUUGGUCACAAAGUCGUUGACGUCGACAAAUGUAUUGCCGCAAAGGCUGCCGGGAAAGAUCUGAUUGGUCAAGACGAUACGGACAUUGAUUCGUUGCGUCCUUCUAUUGGUCAGAAAGUCGUUGACGUCGACAAAUGCAUUGCCGCAAAGGCCGCCGGGAAAGAACUCAUUGGUCAAGACGAUACGGACAUUGAUUCGUUGCGUCCUUCUAUUGGCCACAAAGUCGUUGACGUCGACAAAUGUAUUGCCGCAAAGGCCGCCGGGAAAGAACUCAUUGGUCAAGACGAUACGGACAUUGAUUCGUUGCGUCCUUCUAUUGGCCACAAAGUCGUUGACGUCGACAAAUGUAUUGCCGCAAAGACCGCCGGGAAAGACAUUUCCGAUGCGGUCAUUGAACCAAAUAUCGACUGCCUCGAUCCGUGUUUGUGUCCGUCUAUUCCGUUCAAGGUGAUGACGUCACACGAGCUCAUCGCCGAGAAGAAACAGCUAGCCAGUCAGGAUUGCCUCUCUCUUAAAGACAGCCUUGACGUCAUGGCUACCAGUCAGUUAAAACAAUCCGCAGACGACGUCGGCAGUAAAGGACCUGUUUGUCGAAAAGGUCUGGACAGAAUUUUCGGCAGGGGUCGCGCCCAGAAGCGGUUGGAUAACUUACAAGUCUGCUGCGAUACGUCGAAUUCAGUGACGUCAUUUCCUGUAGUCUGUGACGUGCUCGAAAAACCCUCGCGCCCUUCGUCAUUUCCGGUGUUAGCCGCCACCACCAGCACACCUGGCGGCAAGAAAUAUUUACCGCGCAAGAAAAAAAUGUUGCUGGAAACAGACGAGGCUCUAGCAGACGACCACGUGAGUUGUUCUCAAAGCGGCAGUGGUCAAAGUGUGAGCGAUGGUCACACGGGUAAACACCAGGUCACGUGGGUCAGUCAUACACAUCAGGUGAGACAGGUGUCCGAUGACGUCAUACACAACACAGACGGGUCAGUUGAGACUGAAGGAAACAAACACUCAAACCCGGAUGAGGAGAGUUACUGUGGCCUUGAGAAUAUGAUAAGUGGCGAUACAACGGUAGAUUCACAAGAUCUGAUACACAUCGAAACGCUGGGCGAGGUCUUGGAGGUCGGCGAAUGCGGACGAUGUGAACCAAGUGGUGAAACAAAAACUUUUAACGCAGCGGUCGUAAAUAACGAAGUAGAGGUAAGUGACACCAACACGGCACAAAACCAUAACUACCAAAUGAACGCUCUACCAGGAGAAAAUACUUCAAAUUUUAAACAGUCUUCAUACCUCGUAAGUGACGUACUCAUGGGUGAUGACUUCCUAUUAUGUGACGUCACCUCCGGUAAAGACAACAGAGACAGCUCUGAUACCUGUUGUGAGUUGUCGGAUCCAACAGACGAGAUGUUCCAACCUGCUGCUACGGCGGGCCACAAGAAGACCGGGGUCUUCAUGCCGGUGACGGACCCCACAGCCUUACCCCUAAAACUACAGACCCUCAACCCAGACUCGCCCAACUUCUGCCUAGCCAAAGAACCCCUGGUGGACCUAACCCCGGCCGUACUUGAUUACCCAUACGACCCCCGCCCUACGACCGAACUUACCAAUCCUGCACAAAAUCUGACCACAGAAGCAGACAGUGUUGAAGAGUUUGUUGAUGUUAUUGAGGAAGAAAAUAAAACUUUGUGUACAGAAAAUGUUAUGAAAAAUUCAGCGCAACCAGAAUACCACAACGGUACAGAGCUAAAGCUCAACAAUCCUGAAGUAAAACUAGAUUCAAAGGCAUGCAGUGUUGAAGAGCUUGAAUAUAUCGAGGUUAUUGAAGAAGAAUACGAAACUUCGGGUACCGAAAGUUUAAUGAAAAAUUUAACGCAAUCACAGCAACACAUUGGUAUCGAGCUGAGGCCUAACAAUUCCGAACUAGAUAUAGAGGCUGGCAGUGGUGAAAAGUUUGUCGAUGUUAUUGAAGAAGAAAACGAAACUUCGGAUAACGAAAGUCUAGUGAAAUCUUCAGCAAAACCAGAACACGACAACUGUAUUGAACCGAUGCCUAAUAAUCCUGAACUAACAGGAGAUACAGAGGCAGUCAGUGAUGAACGUUCUGAAUACGUCGAGUUUGAAAGUUUUGCAGAAGUUGACGAAGCUCUGAGUAUAAGAAAUUUCUCGAAUGUUUCAGCUCAACCAGAACAACAUAACGACCCCCAUCACGUGACUGAACUAACUAGACCUGAACAAACACAGACUACAGAGACAGGCAGUGUUGAGUAUUUUGAUUAUGUGGUUGUUAUAGAGGAAGAAAACGAUAAUUUUAAUCCAGAAAGUUUUUUGAACGUUUCAUUCCAACCCGACCCCCACAAAGAACUUACGCUAAAUACCCCUGAACUUAAACUAAAUACAGAGACAGAUUGUGUUGAGGAUUCGGAAUAUAUCGAGUUCGAAGUUAUAGAUGGAGUCAACGAAACUUUGGAUAUGGGAAGCGCCAUGACAGUUCAAUCGAGUCAGGUGACCACUGCGUCAUCAUGUACAAAUUCUGAUGUACCAAUGGAAGCAGACGUAGAGCAGACAACAACGGCCAAUCGACACGCAUUCUCAGCCACGUCUUUACUGCUCAGUCUUGCUCCUAAAAACUGCAGCACAUCUACAGAAUCUUCAGAGCUCAAACACACAGAAGAGCUUAAGUUAGCUCCGACUUCUGGUGUAGUGAAACCGUUAUUCAAUUCAACGGUUAAUGACGUCAACAUAAACGAGGUAGAUAUACAGACGUUUCAACAGCAAACACGUGGUCGUAAACUUCCGCCCUGUCUCGUCUGCGGCAAUUCCGCUUCAGGUCUCCACUUCGGCGUCAACUCCUGCGAGGCGUGCAACGAGUUUUUCCGACGCGCCCUCAAGCGGAAAAGGAGCUCAUCGUGCCCAAACGACGGGGCGUGUGACGUCACCGGAACCAAGCGAGGCGCGUGCGGCGCGUGCCGGUUCCAGAAAUGUCUCAAGGCCGGCAUGUCACGUGAGCGCAUCAAAACAGGACGCUACUCGCAUACAAAAGUCGAGCUAGAUGCUCUGGAAGCGAAGCAGUUGGACGACGGUGCUACAAGUUCACAACAUGCUCAGAAUCUAGAACUAAUGAUAGAAAAUCUGAGUUCUGUCUUCUCAAACUUUGAUCAUUCAGGGGUCCUCUCCGCUCCAGAUGUACUACCCAGGGAAAGCUCAGGACUUCCAAAAAUCGAAAAUUUUAUUCGAGAUUACAUCCGUCUGCUGAAUCACAUUCCUGGCUACGUGACCUUGUGUGCAGACGACAGGAUGACUUUGGCUAAAAAGUCUUGGAUGGAAUUUUGGAUUUUGUCAAAGCUCAAAGCUGACCGAGUCAGUUACAAGUUCCACGAGUUCCACGAAGAGCUGGGUCAAGAGUUCACCAGUACUGUAAACCCUCUGCUCAACACCAUCAGGGAACUGGAUCUCUCAACCAACGCUCUCAUGCUCAUGAAGCUUGUAACUUUGACAUCGUCAGACUGCAUCUCAUUAAUAAACAAACCGGAAGUUGAACAGCUCCACGCGAGUUUUGUUCAAUGCUUACUCCACGAACUUAGGAAGCAGCCAUCUUGCAUGACGUCAUCCAGCCAAUCAGUGACCACCUUCAGCCCCGAACAGAGAAAACUUUUCACUGUCGUCAUGACUACGCUGAAGGAACUCAGAACGUUGGCGCGAAACUACUGCAAGGUUUAUGAUCCGAAAAAUAUUCUCAAAUUGUUUAAAUCAAACUGAUGUAAAUUAUGUUUUUUCACAUUUACGAUGCUUUGUAACGUAUGAAAAAAAUAAAACACUCAAAUUAACCCUACUGGU